AUGUCAUCAACCGAGGACGACAGACAAGUACGGAUCUCCAAGAUCGCUGGUCGGUACCUCGUCUUUGAUAUUGAUGAUGUGGCGUAUAUCCGUCGCCAGCAUGGCAUCUGCGCUGUUUUCACGGGCACCAUGCCGCAGAAUCCCACUCAGAAUGUCUUCCUAGGAUUGCCGCUCGAGCUGUAUGCCGAGGAUGCCAAGAUGCUUUUGGACAGAAAGGUUGCCUACAUUGCCGAUGACCCUUUAGAACACUUGACCCAGUUGAAGUCAAUGGAUGACGAGACGCGCAAAUCAUACCUGCAGUCUAUCAAGACGCAGCGCAGAACUGCCCAGCUUGUGUUCAAUGAGGCCAAGGCACAGUCUAUGGCUAAGCACAAGGACAAGCGCAAGCCGAAACAGCCACAGCCCUCUGUUGUCGUACCCACUGAACUGCCGCUGUCAGCAUCAUCUGCCGAUGGCGUUGCGGCCGCCGUAGAUCAGGAAGAAGAAGGAGGAGCAGAAUUCCUCUUGGAGUCGUCAUCAUCCAAGCCACUCAAAACGGACGCGUCGACGCCUCCUCAGAAGCCGCUGGUCAAGGAGAAGCUACCUGCAAUCACUCCAACCACCAGCAAUGCCAUGAUUUCUAACGGGACAAGUAAUCCUGAUGUAGAAAACCACACUGCGCUACCAUUGUAUUCGUACUUGAACGAGAGAGGAUACUUCAUCACUCCAGGUCUGCGCUUCGGUGGUGACUUUAGCGUCUACCCCGGCGACCCCUUCCGCUAUCAUGCUCAUUAUAUGGCGAACAGCUAUGGGUGGGAUGAGAAGAUCCCCAUGUUGGAUCUCGUCACCAGUGGUCGUUUGGGAACGGCUGUCAAGAAGAGUUUCCUCAUGGGAGGGCAGAAACCGGCGACAGAGGACAGUGAAGCUGGCGAGUUGAGGGCGUUCUGCAUUGAGUGGGCGGGCAUGUAG